AUGGGCAAGAAAUUGUAUAUUUAUAGGCAAUCUUCCGAUGGACUGUGGAGGAGACGACCACUGAACUCCAUUUUCCAUCUCAAUUCCGGAAGAUUUUGCUCGAAUAGCUGCUAGUUUUCCAGCAUUCUGUGGAUUACUGAAUAAAUGAGUUCUCAGUACGACAGGCCUGACAAGACAGUGCCAGGCAAAUGGAAGAAACUGCGGGAUCUUAGUAUGAAAAGCGAUAAUCGAAUUUGUGCAGAUUGUAGUGCUCCAGAUCCAAAAUGGGUAUCUGCUAAUAUUGGGGUUUUUCUAUGCCUGAAAUGCAGUGAGGUCCACCGAAGCCUUGGGGUUGAUACUUCUAAGGUGCUUUCCCUGACACUGGAUGAAUGGUCUGAAAGUGACAUGGAAUCAGUCAUUGAAGUUGGUGGAAACUCCUACGCCAACUCAAUUUAUGAAGCUUUUCUUCCAAGAAACUAUCCAAAACCAAAACCAGACUCAAGUGAGGAGGACAGGACCAAGUUUAUCAGGUCCAAGUAUGUGUUGCAAGAAUUUUUAACGCCAAGCUUGCGUAUUGUAUCAACAAAGAGUUCGUUCCAAUAUGUUGAAUCUUCAAAAAGUUCAGCUUCUACCUUCGGUUCCAAAAGUACAAAGAAGAAUGUGGAAACGGGGCAAUUCAUCGGAAAUUUGAAGGUCAAAGUAGUUCGAGGAUCAAAAUUAGCAGUCAGGGACAUGUUGACUAGUGACCCGUAUGUUGUUUUAAUGCUCGGACAACAGAAAGCCCAGACCACAGUAAAGAACAGCAACUUGAAUCCAGUUUGGAAUGAAGAGCUCACGUUUUCAAUUCCACCGAAUUACGGCGCUCUGAAGUUGCAAGUGUACGACCACGAUGUUAUAUCCGCUGAUGACAUAAUGGGCGAGGCCGAGAUCGACCUUCAGGCUAUGAUCACGGCAGCAUUGGCUUUCGGGGAUUCGGAUAUUCCUGGGAACAUGCAGGUAGGGAAGUGGCUGAAAACAAGCGACAAUGCACUCGUCGAGGACAGCCUUGUCAACAUUGUGGAUGGAAGGAUCAAGCAAGAGCUGCAUCUGAAGCUCCAGAAUGUCGAGUCCGGGGAGAUGGAACUGGAACUGGAAUGGCUGCCUUUGGAUGAAUGAGGUUUUGGUUCUCUCCCUGUUUACUCGUUCACUUGGACGUGCUUGUAUUGUUGUGAGAUUUUUGUGCAAAUUAUGAGGUGCCACUUUGAAUCUUAAUGUAUUUAUUUAAUUUCUAUUGUUGUGUAAUAUAGUUUCUCACAUGUUGCUUAUCUACAAUAGAAAUAAAAUGAAUAUUUAUUCUUUUGUUUU